AUGUUGAUGGAUACCACAGUAGCCUCAGGUGCUGCAGCAAUUAUGGCGAUACGAAUUCUCGUCGAACACGAUGUACCCGAGGACCACAUCAUUCUGGUUUCUCUCAUUAUGGCCAUUCAGGGUGUCCAUUCUGUCGCCUACACCUAUCCCAACGCUCAUAUUGUCACCUCAGCUAUUGAUCCCGGUCUCACAGAUGACUAUCAUAUACUUCCAGGAAUUGGGAACUUUGGCGAUCGAUAUUUUGGAACCUCUCCGUCGAUAGGAGAUUAG